AUGUCCAAACGUAAGCGAGGCAGCGAUGCAGAGGAGGAGGAUACGCUACCCGCUGCGACCGACUUUCGCAGGCAACGGCAGAUAGCGGCGACGUUCGAAGACAGCGCAAAACAACUCGCACGCGCAUUCAAGGCGGGGAAGGGUUUCGAACGACAGAAGCUGGGACGACGGAAGAAGCAUGCGGCCGCUGCAAAAGAUGACAAGGACGUGGAAAGGAUCGAUGCCGAGGUGGCAGCCUUGAAGAUACUCGACAACACCCUCGCUGCUGAACACCAUCUCGCCAAAUCGCUAUUGAAGAUCAAAGCCAUUGCGACUUCACCGAACUUACCGCCCGAUCUCCAGAGGCCAAAGCCGCUGCCUACCGAUGCGCCGUCCCUGAAUGUCAAUGCGAGAUUGUGCAACUCGAAUCCCGUGAAGGAAGCCUUUCCGACUGCCGUUGCGGCGGUGAAGCGCGAGUUUGGCAUCAAGGAUGAUCCGAAAGCGCCGAACAAGAAGAGGAGACUGCGAGCAAAGGACUAUGAUACUGCUGGCCGCGCCCGGUCCAUGAGUGUAAGCUCGGCCGAUGAUGAGGGUGAUAAUGGUGCACCUUUGCGCAAGAGACGAGCAGCCGAGGUUUCGGACGACGAUUCAGAGCCGCAGGACGGUUCAGAGGGCUCGGAAGACGAUCUACAGCAGUAUCGUGGUCGUCUGGCUUCAUCCAGCGACGAGGAGGGUGACGACGACGGUCUUGACGGUGUCUCGGACAUUGAGGAGCUGGAACGACGAUUGAUGGCCGAGGGCAUAUCUCGCAAAGCUGGAAAGCGCAAAACAGACAAAUACGACCAUGCAGCAGAUCUUUCUUUGUCCGAGCCAUCGGACGACGAGUCUGUCGAGGAGCAACCCAGGAAAGCAGCCGCGCCGAAGAAGUCGUCCUUCAUCCCAUCGCUGACCAUGGGAGGCUACAUCUCCGGAAGUGGCUCAGAUCUCGAUAGCGACGUUGACAUCGCGCCGAAGAAGAACAGACGUGGUCAACGAGCUCGGCAAAAGAUCUGGGAGCAGAAGUAUGGCUCUCGUGCAACUCACUUGCAGAAUGAGCAACGGAAUCAAGGUUGGGAUCCAAAGCGAGGCGCAGUCGACAGUGAUAGAGGUGGCAGAUUUGGCAAGAACAAGGGCAAUGGUGCGAACAGUAUGGCUUUGGGUAAAGAUCGCAGAAAUCCUGGCCAGACCAAGCCUGCCGCGGAGGUGAAAACGAAGCCUCGUAAGGACGAUAGCGGCCCACUACACCCAAGUUGGGAGGCUGCAAAACGUGCGAAGGAAAAGAAGUCGGCUCCGGUCGCCUUCCAAGGCAAGAAGAUCAGUUUCGAUUGA